AUGGAGGGUGACACGGUUGGAGCGUGUGCGCGGGUGGGGAACCUCUCGUCGGACUUUAGCGACUCUCUCGCACUGGCGCACCUCAUCAACGUUGUCUUUGAGCUGGAUGUCUUCAAUGCGUACCAUGGCGGUGGCGUGGUUCUCGCGCGGCCACUCAACCCGACCGACGUCCUGUACAACGCCCGCAUCCUGCUCGACGUGCUCAAAGCCCGCGAGCUCAAGGUUAUGUGCCACGCCAUGGACAUCGAGGCCGGCGACCGUGAGCGCAUUGUCUGGCUCAUCCUCCAGAUUGCGCAGUACUACUACGCGCACAACAUGGGCGUCAUUUUCCCGGCGCUACUGGCGGACCCGGCUGAGUCGCCGGCGACGCUCAAGAUCGAGAGCGUGGCGCUCCAUGGGCUGAGCAACGAGCUCCUGACCCGACUGGACGAGUGCCCGCGGGACAAGCGGCCGCGCGGAAUCCACGUCCCGAGCAUCCGUAACUUUGCCAACGGAUGGGAAGAGCCGGUGACGCUGCUGUCGCUGAUGUGGGCGCUGGCACCGGACGCCUUUGACAUUCCAGCCAUUCUCUCGCUCGACAACCCCAAGGAGCAGUUCCGCGCCAUCCUUAACACGGCUUACGGAGCCGACGUCUGCCUGUCGCGUUUUCUCGUCGCGGAGGACUUUGACAAGGUGGAGGAGGUCUCGCUGGCCAUGUUUGCGGCGGAGAUGUGUCUCAAGGCGCGGCGCGACCCACGGUUUCGCAUCUUUGUGCCUGGCGGGGCCAAGAGCGGCGAGGGCGCUGCCGGCAGCGAGAGCGCGACGGCCAAGGCGUCACUUGAAGAGUACGUAGUGACGCUGCAAAUGGAAGUCGAGUCGCUCCGCGACCGCGUCCAGCAGCUGCAAGCCAAUGAGGCUGCGCUGCAGGUCGAGAUCUACGACACGUCGGCCAGGGUCGCGCCGCUCUCGUCGCAGCUGGAGGAGCAAGAGGCGCUCAUUCUCCAGCUUCGCGAGCAGCUGGCGCAGGAGCGGUCGCGGCUGGUCCUUGUGGAGAAGCGCAAGGCCGAGGUUCUCGCGCGGGCUCAGGAGGCGGUUACGCGAUCCAAGGCCGAGCGCGACGCCGCAGAUGCGCGGUUCAAGCGGGCGCUCGACGCCUCGCAGGAGCUCUCCAAGAAGUUCAAGCGGAUGAAGCUGCAGAUGGAGCUUCGCGCCAAGCAGCAAGAGGAGUCGACGCGGGCGAACCAGGGCGUUGUCCCGCCAGGCUCGACUGCGUUCAACUCGCCCGAGUACGAGAAGAUGCGCGACCAGCUAGCGGACUCGAUGGAUCCAGCGGUUGUGGGACCCAACCCGGUAGUCAUCAUGUUUACCGACAUCCAAGGCUCGACUUCGCUCUGGGAGCGCGACGCCGAGGCCAUGGCCAAGGCGCUCACCGUCCACAAUAACGUGUUCCGGGCUUUUCUUCCGCGGAUGCGCGGGUACGAGGUUAAGACCGAGGGUGACGCCUUUAUGGUUGCCUUUGAGUCGCCCAUCGACGCUAUUGUGUGUGCGCUGACGCUGCAGAAAGAGCUGAUGCGAUGCGAGUGGCCGCCGUCAAUCCUCGACUCACCCACCACUUCGGAGGUCCGUGACCGGUUCGGCAACAUCAUUUGGCGCGGACUGCGUGUUCGCAUGGCGCUCCACUACGGCACGCCGGAGCUCCGCAUGGACCCGCUCACCGGGCGCAUGGACUACUUUGGCCCGAUGGUCAACCGCGCUGCGCGAGUCGAGGGUGUGGCCAAGGGCGGACAGGUUGUUGUCUCGGAGCCGUUCUACCACCACGUCAAGGACCUGCUGCCGACCAUGCGCGGCUCAGCGCCGCCGGACGCCAAGUAUCUCGGCGAGUUCACCUUUAAGGGCAUCGCCGAGUCGAUGAAGUGUUAUGAGAUUCGCGACCCGAUGCUCAAGGAGCGGGUCUUUCUUGACAACAAGAAAAAAGCGCCCCCCAAACCGCCCGGUGCGGCCGAUGCACCCGGUGAAGGCGGCGAGGCGGGCACCAGCGACGCGGCAGUCGAGCAGAGUGCCAUCAAAGAUGCGGCGGCGAGCCUCGACGACGAGGUGCGCGCGCUCGAGAAAGAGAACGCGGCGCUCAUGGACGAGCUCCGCGACAUUGGCAAAAACAUCGACGAGUCCGAGGCACACGCUGCCCAGCUCGCGUCAGAGCUCGAGGCCGCAGACCGCGGCUUUGACGAGCUUAGCGCCGACCAAGGCCGGGCAAGGCUCGACAUGCUUGUCGCCAAGUUUCACGAGCUGGAGAAGACGGUCAAGGGCCUCUCGGACAAGGUGGUGCCGGCCAUGUCGACGUCGGAUCACCUGAGCGAGCAGCUGGGCGCGGUCCUCUCGCGGGUCCACAUGUUACAGUCGCAGGCGGUUUUCACCUCGGGCGUCUCGCAAAAGUCAGUCACUGCUGCCUCGGAGCUGAUGCAGACCUUUCUGGAGAGCAAGGAAGAGGCGAUCGAGGCAUCCAAGGCCGCACUUGCCCGCAAAACCAGCCAGGUCGACAAGCUCAAGAAGCGUGUUCGCCAGCUCCUCCGCGACGUUGCCUACCUCAAAGCCGUCAACUCGGGAACGGUGGCGCGGCGGGCGAGCGAGUCUGGGAUACGCAGUGGGAGCCCAAAGGGCUCGCCGUCGGGCUCGCCGGGCGGGCGACGUAUGUCGACGAGCAGCGGGCCGGGACGGCGCCGCGGUGAGCGUCGGCUCUCGAUCGGCUCUGCCAUGCAAUUGCCGCGGACCAUCAACGAGUACCCAGCACACUCGCCGCGGUCAAGCACCCCGAUACUUGGCCACACACCGCGAUCAAUAAGCGCAGGGGCGUCACCACAGACAAGUCCACAACCCAGUCCGCGGGCCUCAUCGCGCACAUCAGCCGGCUCUAUCCACGACGGGACGAAGCCGUUCCUUGGGCGCGAAGGGCGCACCGGCGGCGGCAAGGCAGGGCCCAAAGCGACGCAAAAGGUGUCGCGGACACCAAAGCGCAAGGAUGGACGUCCACGGGCCCGCAACGCAAAUCGGGUCGACGAAAAGGCGCUGCGCGAGCGCGAGCGGAAGCGGAUCCGCGUGCGGGAGCGCAGGCGGCUCGAGGGCGAGGGCAAAAGCGAGGUCGGGCACGGCCGCGGGCGCGGGCGCGGACGGGAGGUCCGAAAGCGGCGGCGGCCGCACCAUGUCACGCCGAUCCCAGCCAUCGGACGGCAGUUCUCGAACGAGAUCGCGCCAGAGCUGACGACGUCGCCACUGCUGGCAUCGGCGGCAGAGCCCGGAGCGAUUCCGCGACGACGGCGGGUUCGGGUCAAAAAGCAGUCGACGUCGACUGCUGACGACCGGCAUCCGCUCGCCAGGUCGGUGACCAAGUCGGCGUCAAUGACAUCGUCAGUUGAGCUGCCGACGCCGAACAUCAUGGUUACCAUCGAGGGCGUCGGAUCAACCUCGCCUGGGCGGCCGAGCGGCGGCAGCUUGUCGUCGUCGGACAUGUACUCGGACUACUACCAGUACUCGGACGAGGGAAAAGAGGCAGCCGCCGACAAGGUACACAGGCGGCGGCGGCGCAAACUGCGGCGGCGGAAGAAGCGGCGAAAGUACGUGGCAGCUGUCGGCGACAUGCCCGACGUCCAGAUUGAGCCAUACUCGGGAACGUUCAACUCGAUGCCCGACUCGCGGCUCUCGGCCACCACUUCGGAGCAGAUGGCGUCGGACAUGGUAGCCUCGCUCGGCAACGAGUUUGAGAACACGGAGCCAUCAAGCCCGGAUCAGGGCACGAUGUCCAAGGCGUGCUCCGAGUCGGGCCUGACGUCAUCGUCGUCGAGCGCAUCGUCGAGCGUGUCAUCAAGCGCGUCGUUGAGCUCGUCGGCAACGCGAUCAGACACCUCGUUUCACGCGCGAGCGAUGGACUCACCGCAGAUUAUCAUCGAGCCCGGAUCGAUGGCGUCAGACUCGUCCCUGGUGUUCAGGACACCAGCUGCUGCAACAAGUGCGGGUACCGGGUCCGACUCGUGUUCGUGCUCGUCCGACGGGCAUGGAUGGAGCCAGGACGAGUCGUGCUCGUCGGACGGCUCGGUCCGUGUCACGCGCGGCGCGAUCUCGUCGGACAAGUCAACGCCCAACUCACCGCCCGCCUCAUCCAUUUCAUCAAUCCAAGGACCAGGCUUCCUCGACAUGGACGACUUUGACUCUGACGACUUUGACGUUUCGUGCUCGGUCGAUUCGAGCGGAUCCGACUCGUCGAUCGACAUCGAGUGA